GGCACAUUUUCGCAUUGUGCGUUACUGUAAAGCUUGAUUUCGCUCAAACUGGCAAUUGAAGUGGUUUUGCUGCGGGGAUUCACUGUGAUUCCCCUUUUUCGAAUGUAGCACGCUUUUACAAAAAGAAUCAAACAAAUAGCAAGAAUUAUGUCUAUUUUUGUCACCAUUCCAAAUUUAGUCGAGAAUAUGAACGUGUUAUGUCAGCGGUUAGAAAAUUAUUUUGGCGUUUCCGUUUCUUUAUUGCAAGAUAAACUAAAACUGUGUGGAACUCCGGACAAACUGAAUGCAGCUCAAGAUUAUGCGCUUCGGUUUAUCAGUCCAGAAUCGGUUUUAGUAAUAAUACUGACUUCAGCUGAAUGUUUGGAGCUAUUCAGUUGUAAUUUACCAUUAAUUCGUCAUUUCGAAUCAAAAUAUAAUAUUAUACUUAUCAAAAAUAAUAACGCACUGAUAGUUAAGGGAAGUGCACAUGCGAACAAGCGAUUUUCAAUGGUUAUACAAUCAUUAGAAUCAUUUUCAAAAACCAAAUGCACAUAUUUGAGUAAUUUAAAAGUUUCGAUUUUAACAUCUUUGUGUGAAAAAUACUCAGUGAAAUUUGCUGAUCUACAGUGUUCAGAUUCAAUGAAACUUGCUCUUUUGGAUUACUUUACUUCAUUGGAGAAACCUGAAGUGAUGACUAAUGGUUGUUCUGUUGAUUCUCCAGCUGAAAAAGUACAUUUUGUGGAAGCUUAUCGUAAUCCAGGCAAUAAUAAACCAUAUAUUAAUCAAAAUAAUAUAACAUUCAAUUCAUCUUCUUCGGCGAAGAAAUCUCCCUUUGUUGAAACCCGAUUAAGACCCAUCAUAAUUGAUGGGAGUAAUGUGGGUUUUGCUCAUGGGAAACAAAAAGAAUUCAGUGCUAAAGGAAUCCGUUUAGCACUGGAUUAUUUUGAUAAACGUGGUCAUCAGGAUGUGGUUGUUGUAAUACCUAGACAUUAUCAGGGAAAAGGUGGUCGUUACUUCGAUGAACUUGAGCAUUCAGGUAAAUUAACGUAUACGCCGUCACGAACACUGAAUAGAGAAAGACAAACAGUAUAUGAUGAUCGUAUUAUAUUGCAACUUGCAGCUGACAAAGAUGCGGUCAUCAUAUCCAAUGAUCAGUAUCGUGACCUGAUGUCUGAAAAUGCUAAAUUUAAAGAACUCAUUGAAACAAGACUGCUUCCUUAUGUUAUGUCAGGUAAUACAUUCCUGCUUCCAGAAGAUCCAUAUGGUCCGAAAGGUCCAUCUUUGGAUGUGUGUUUAUCCAUGUCAGAUUCAACACAAUCAUCGUAAUAUAAAACUGGUACAUAUUUUGUAUCACUUUUUGUUUUUGUUUUCUAUACUAUCUUCCCUUUAUCAUAACAAGUAAUUAUUUCACUUAUUAGGCAAGAGAGGUGGCGAUAAUGAAUAUAUAUAGAUUCACUAUUAUUGACUGGUUCACUCUGUGUGUGUGUGUUUCCAAAAGAGUUCAUUAAAUCAACCAUCAAUUGUAUAAUUGUAUUUUGUUAGGUGCUCCUUAAAGAGGUAUUCAUUUGUCUUCUUGUUAUUAUACUGUGACUACUGCUGUCCUUAUAGAUUUGUCAAUAUCACUGUCCCUUUCUCUCUCUCCCUCUCUCUGUAUCUGUCUGUCUGUCUUUUGACUGCGUACUACGCAGAUUAUCUGUUCUAGAUGGCGUAUACAACUUUUUAUCAUAGAAUCCAAUCACUGCACUGAACAUUAAGCUGCAUAGUCACAUUACAUACGGUAAUAUGAAUUAGUUUUAACUCUUCCUGACACUUAUCAAUCACCUUUCUCAACGAUAUAUAUAUAUAUAUAUAUAUAU